AUGUCAUAUUUAGGUACCUCAUUAACUCCAGAUACUCCAACAGUGUGCGAACGUACACCAAAGCACAUUUACAUUUACGAGGUGCCGCGCGUCAAAAUAAUCGCUGAGAAAUUCUCUAAAUACAAGAAAAAUAAUAUCGAACUACGUCGACUUGAUGAAAAGGUGGUUUGUGUGGAGUACGGCAUUUACGAUCGUACGAACAAAGAUGAGUUGAAACCUGUACAGAGGAUGAGGGCUUUCUUCUCUAUCAAGCCUGCUCUAGAAGAUGGUAGUCCGAAUCACGAAUCCGGCAAGUUGCCAAGGUUACCUUCGAGUAUUAAACACCAAUUCCACAUCCUAGAUGAAGAUUUGAAAAAGUUAACGGACAAAGAGAUUGAAAUUAUCGAUGGAAAGAUAGAAGAAAACAGAUCUUAUCUGGAGGACUUAAGGCGCAUAUUGAAACGGAAACAAGUGAUACAUGCUAAAAAGAAUAGGACGACGUUGGAUUUGGAGUCUUUAUAUCAAAUGGCGAAGCAGGAUGUGUCGUCUGUCGGUUGUGGGUAUUCGGGAGCGAAUUUACUCUCGAAGGCGGAACUACAAGAAGUAAAGGACUUGAUACUUCAUAGGUGUACGUCCAGUGUCCAUGGUAUUAGAAGAAAAAGUAUUAAAAAGAAGGAAAAAGGUUCCGGAAAAGACUUCAGUCUUAUAUCCGAUACCAUUGUGGCUGAACUGUUGCGAGAUGACGCCAAACUUUAUGUCUAGCAAUGAAAGAGUUGUGUUCUGUUUGUAUUUUAUAUAUUUUUUUCAAAGUAUAAAAAUAGUUAACAGUA